GUUGAGCAUUGGCAGCGCAACGAGCAGCACAUUUGAUCAAGCAGGAUCAAAGACAUUAAACAACAGACAGACAAGCAACAGGAGCAGUUACAAAGUUCGCAAGGAUGUCUGUGGAAACGGUGCAGGAGACGCUGCAACAGGCGGCCGGCAGCACGGGCACGGGCACGGGCUUCAUGCUCAGCCCCCUGCUAACUGGCCUGGUUGGCACCAUACUGAUCAUGGCCCUGUACGAGUACUGGCAUCGCAAUACCCGGGAAUAUCGUAUGGUGGCCAAUAUACCGUCGCCGCCAUCGUUGCCGCUAAUUGGCAUGGCGCAUAUGGCCGCCGGUCUGAGCAAUGCCGAGAUACUGGCUGUCGGUCUGGGCUAUCUGAACAAAUAUGGCGAGACAAUGAAGGCCUGGCUGGGCAAUGUGCUGAUUGUGUUCCUUACGAAUCCCAGCGAUAUUGAGCUUAUACUGAGCGGACACCAGCAUCUGACCAAGGCCGAGGAAUAUCGCUAUUUUAAGCCUUGGUUCGGUGAUGGUCUGCUGAUCAGCAAUGGCCAUCAUUGGCGUCAUCAUCGCAAAAUGAUUGCGCCCACAUUCCAUCAGAGCAUCUUGAAGAGUUUUGUGCCCACGUUUGUGGAUCACUCGAAGGCUGUGUCUGCGCGCAUGGCCAAGGAGGCGGGCAAAUCAUUUGAUGUGCACGAUUAUAUGUCACAAACGACCGUCGAUAUACUGUUGUCAACGGCAAUGGGCGUCAAGAAGCUGCCGGAGGGCAAUAAGAGUUUCGAGUAUGCCCAGGCUGUGGUGGACAUGUGCGACAUUAUACACAAGCGUCAGGUGAAGCUAUUGUAUCGUUUGGAUAGCAUCUAUAAGUUUACCAAGCUGCGCGAGAAGGGUGAUCGCAUGAUGAACAUCAUUUUGGGCAUGACACGCAAGGUGGUCAAGGAUCGCAAGGAUAAUUUCCAAAACGAAUCGCGUGCCAUUAUCGAUGAGGUGGACGAGACGCCCGCCAAGCAGGCACGCGCCACUGCCGCAACCAAAAAGGAGGGUCUGCGCGACGAUUUGGAUGACAUCGAUGAGAACGAUGUCGGCGCCAAACGGCGUUUGGCCUUGCUCGAUGCCAUGGUCGAGAUGGCCAAGAAUCCCGAUAUCGAAUGGAACGAAAAGGACAUCAUGGAUGAGGUGAACACCAUUAUGUUCGAGGGACACGAUACCACCUCGGCCGGUUCCAGUUUUGCGCUCUGCAUGCUGGGCAUACACAAGCACAUCCAGGAGCGUGUCUUUGCCGAACAGAAGUCCAUCUUUGGCGACAAUAUGCAGCGCGAUUGCACCUUUGCCGACACCAUGGAAAUGAAAUAUCUGGAGCGUGUCAUACUCGAAACAUUGCGCAUGUAUCCGCCCGUGCCGUUAAUUGCCCGCCGCCUUGAUCACGAUGUCAAGCUGGUCAGUGGGCCAUAUACGGUGCCCAAGGGCACCACCGUUGUUCUAUUGCAAUAUUGUGUACAUCGUCGUGCCGACAUCUAUCCCAAUCCGACCGAAUUUGAUCCAGACAAUUUUCUGCCGGAACGUGCCGCCAAUAGGCAUUACUAUAGCUUCAUACCGUUCAGUGCCGGACCGCGCAGCUGUGUUGGACGCAAAUAUGCCAUGCUCAAGCUGAAGGUUCUCCUAUCCACAAUUGUGCGCAAUUUUAUUGUCCAUUCGACGGACACGGAGGCGGACUUUAAGCUGCAGGCGGACAUUAUACUCAAGCUGGAGAAUGGCUUUAAUAUUUCGCUGGAGCCGCGCAAAUAUCAAACGGCCGCGUAGAUAGAUACCCUGUAAAAGCAGCUUCGUGACCCGCUAUAUAUCCUGUAUAUAUAUUGCGCGUAAUCGAGCCAUCCCCCCGCCCUGCCCCGCCCACUUCCCCACUCGACCACAGUCAGCCAGAGAGUCAAACCUUGUGUGUGAGCCAAGCGCAUUUUGAUAAAAAGCAGAAAAAAAAGCACAAAAAAUCGUAAAAAAAAAAA